CCAUUUCCCCUCUCUCUCUCUCUCUCCAAUCCGCCUUCCCGCCAUUGAAACCCCAACCUACUUUCUCGCAUACAUGUCUGAACCUAAUCCCUUCAUUCCAUGUCCCUGCUAUUCUUUGCGGUUCGACUCGUUUCUCUGCUCUUGCUAUUCUCUUACAAAUUUGCGACCAUCGCUCAGGUUCCUUUUGAAUGCCAUUUGGUUCUUAAUUUUUCAUCGUCGAUCAGAAGAUUCGAAGUUUGAAACAUGGCAAGUCGUGUCAAGGAAGAAGAGAAAAUCGAAAGAACCAUACGUAAUCUUUUGAAACUUCCGAAGAACCGAAGAUGUAUUAACUGCAAUAGUCUGGGACCGCAAUACGUCUGUACAACAUUCUUGACAUUUGUCUGUACAAAUUGUAGUGGAGUACAUCGUGAGUUCACUCACCGAGUAAAGUCAGUGUCAGUGGCAAAAUUCACGGCAGAAGAGGUGACUGCUCUUCAGGCAGCGGGAAAUGAGAAAGCACAGCAGAUAUAUUUAAAAACGUGGGAUCCCCUGCGACAUUCUUACCCAGAAAACAGCAAUCUCCAUCAACUUCGGGACUUCAUCAAGCAUGUCUAUGUUGAUAGGAAAUACGCGGGUGAGAAAAGUGUUGAUGAGCUCCCGAGGUUGAGGCUUACUGACAAGGACUCAUCCCAAGAAAGGAGAAGGGUUACUCCAUAUUAUGGUGGAUUUCAGAACCUGCAAGUUGAGAUGUCAAGAUCUAGUUCAAAGAGGGAACACAGGAGUCCAAUUUAUUACUCUGAUGAGAGAAGCAGUCCUUCGUAUUUAAAAGAAAACUCCAGAUAUGGAGGCUAUAGGAGAAGCCUCACACGCAUUGAGGUUGUAGAUGACAGAACCAAAGAUGAUGGACUUCGAAUUCGCAAGCUCUCAAAUGGAUAUUCCAGGCCAGUAAUCCUGUUUAGUCGUAGUCAAGGAAAUUUAGAGAAGUCUUCUCUUGCAGUUGCAUUUCAUAAUAAAGUUACGAUGGGCAAAAAUGAACCUGCCCGUAGACUUGAGGAUGAUGUAAGAAAAGGGAUGGACGCUGGUAGCUCUGAUCAGAUUGGUGUUCAUGUUAAUCCCGUGGAAGCUAAAAGAGACAACGUAGAGAGCCUAAUUGAUCUUGGCAUCAGUUCUGAUGAGCCUGAUGGUCCUGCCGCAUCACAGACCCAACAUAUGCCUUCAACUAACAAUGACAACUGGAACGCCUUUGAGUCAUCUUCAACGAAGAACACAUCACCAGCCCCCAGUGCAAAUAGUGUGGAAGCUUUGCUUUUUGAAUUAUCAGUACCAUCAACUGGAGCUGAUAAUAAACCGACUGAUGGACCUGGAAAUGGCCAUGCGCCAGCAACUGUUUCUGGAAGUACUCUUACACCAGAUUUUGCUGUGGAGCAGACAGCACUACCAAUCAACGUUCAAGCUUCUGUAGCUGGGAGCCCUCCCCAACUCACAUCCAAUAAGAGUGGUGAUAUUGCAAUAAAAGUCAUAAAUGGACAACUGAUGACUUCAGCUGCCGUGCCAAAUUUAGAAUGGACUUCAUUGGAAUCAAAUGCACAAGGAUUUUCAAGUGUUCCAGCUGCAAAGAUAGUUGCUGAUUCAAAACCAGCUCAGGGAACCACCAAUGAAGUUGGAUCCCAACCUCCAUCUCCGGAAAAGAGUUCUUGCGGAAGAAAGGAACUUCCUCUGGACCUUUUUGCUGUAAACUACCCUCAAGUUCCCACCUCACAACCAGGUUGGCAGACUGGAGCUGAACGUGUCGUGGGUCAAAGCUUGCAGUAUUAUCCUACCUCACUGGCUGCAAGACCAACGAACCCAUUUGAUCUUGAUGAUGAAAAGAGUAGAUUUUACCCACAGAGUGCUCCUAGUACCAUGCCCGCUCUUGCUAGCUUAACACGGAGUUAUAGCGACCAACCGGAAACCCAAUAUUCAGGUACACACGCGGGGCAACAGGUCUAUGGGAGUAUUCCAUCUCUGAGACCACCAGGAGGAGUAGAUAAGUAUGGAGGAUCCUCCUUCGCAAGUCCUUCAGGCUCCAUCAAUGCCACGCUCCAGCAGCCGAGUAGAACAUAUUCAGCACCCAACUCAAAUCCAAAUGCUGCUGCUGUUUCAUUUCGCAACAAUAAUCCCUUUGGAUAAGACUUCUGUAAGCAUGUGGGCUCCCAUUAUCAGGUCAUUUCCUUCCUUAAUUCUCACAAAUUUUGAUUAUUGUAAUCAAAAGUUUGCUUUUAGUUUAAAAUAAAACAUAUGUAUAUCACUCUCGAUGGAGUGUGAAAUUUUGUUCAUUGACAGUCGAAUGAACUGUAACAACACUGUAAUUUUUUUUUAUAAAUUA